GCGGGUAUUAACAUGUGGAAUUAGGAAGUGGCGAAAGAUGAAGGUUCGAACUUAUUAUGUAAACGUUUUAUGGCAAAAGGAGGAGGAGCAAAUAACUAUGAUGUAACCCGGAAGUAUCUAGAUGUUAGCACACCACCACCUAUGACGUCUGAUACAUAAAUCCAUAAAAUAUACGAAUACAUUCUUUAAUAACAAAGCCCAACCCCCUUCUAAAGCUCACUCAUAUCUUUAUCAACCCAAUAUAUCAUCUCGAGAAAAUCAACGUACUCAACGCAAGACAUCUAUCUUCCAUCAUGUCGUCGAAUAAGAACUACAGUUACAGUUCAUCCUCUGUUUCUUUCUCGUCAUCUACCACGCGUGACGGAAAGACCACAGGCUCGCGCUUUGCCGAGCAUGUCGCAAGUGACCCUUCAGGCACUACGGCACAUUUCGCUUCUCAGCGUUCUGGAGAACCUCUCCACCAUGAGCAUCGUGAAUAUGAUGCUUCAGGUCGUCUCAUGUCUUCUGAAGGCCGAGCUCUAGGCGACAGCGGUGUAGAUACGGGACGUCGUAUCGAGGAUGUCACUGAUGAGCAGCGCGAGAAUGACCGACUGUAUGAGGAACGCAUCGAGGAUGAGUAUGCGAAGAGGGAGGGUGGCGCAUAGAAUGGGAGGGGGUUUAGUGGUGAUGCACGAAUGGCGAUUGCGAACUACCUAUUUACACCUGAUAUGAAUACAUAGAUUAAUUUCAACAAUUCAACUCUUCAACGCUUCAUUACACGAUAUCUUGGUUUCUGUCGUUGGUAUCUUUCUCUGCCUGCACAUUACCAAUUGAUCAAGGUACCUGCCUGCCUAGUACGUAGGAUCAUAUUCCAAC